AUGUCGUCAAAUACUAAUCUCGACAUCUGGUUUGCUGGUGCAUUUGCUGCCUUCUCGGUCGAUCUACUCGUCUACCCUCUAGACACGCUCAAGACUCGUCUUCAGUCACAGGACUAUGAGAAGUUGUACCGAAACUCCAAUGGCACAAUAAACCGCUCUUUGUUCCGUGGGUUGUAUCAAGGCGUCGGGUCCAUCAUCCUCAUCACCAUCCCAUCCUCAGGCGCCUUCUUUACCACCUACGAAGCCUUGAAGUACGGUCUCAAGGACUGGAUACCUCCGAAUUCCUCCCUCUAUCUUCCUCAACCUGCCAUUCAUGCUGUUGCAAGUGGCACCGCCGAGCUGGUUAGCUGCGCCAUCCUGACCCCGGCAGAAGUCUUGAAGCAAAAUGCGCAAAUGCUAAGUGCUGGAAAACGCGGGUCUACAUCCCUCCAUGUCUUUAGACAUUUCAAGAAGCAGCCCUCUCGGCUCUGGAGGGGCUACACGGCAUUGGCAGCAAGAAAUCUGCCUUUCACAGCGCUACAAUUCCCUGUCUUCGAGUCACUAAAGGGCUAUUUCAUAAGACGACGGCAAGAGAAGAAGGGUGGUCAAUCGGUCGACGGAAUAUUCGAACGGGCACGUAUCACUGCCCUAAGCGCCGGUAUUGCCGGCAGUGGUGCUGCAUGGAUCACAACUCCCAUCGAUGUCGUCAAGACAAGAAUCAUGUUGGCUGCUGCAUCCCUUGACGACGGGCCAAAACAAGACUCCAAGCCCAGAUCGUCCAGUUGGCUUCUACACGGUGUCCAAGGAACACGCAAGAGUGGACUCACUGUCGCUCGGGAGAUUCUCAAGGCAGAAGGGGUGCGAGGCCUAUUCCGAGGUGCUUUGCUUCGUGCAUGUUGGACGUCUCUCGGCAGCGGUCUCUAUCUGGGGUGCUAUGAAGGCGGAAGAUUUUAUCUCGAGAGCGCGAGAGAAGAGGCCAGUGAGGACAACUCCUUACAACGUGAUUGGUCGAAGAUCAAGGUCGGCGUAGGGAACAGCAGAUCCCAAGAUGUCGUGAAAAAGAGUGCGUGGCAAGACGACUGA